CAUAUGUUGCGUGAUUGCGUGUUCGUUUCAGAAUUGCGUAAUAUCAAUAAUUGGAUUAAAUUCGAUUAAUUCAAAUCUGCGAUCGAAUAAUUCAUUUGUGAUGUUUUUAAUUACAAAUUUGUUUGUUUCUUGUUGGUGAUGUUGAGGUUUCGGCGGAUGGAUUUUGCGCCAUCUGUGAGGUGACGUUUCGGUUUUUUUUUGUUUUUUGGUGCGAGUACAGAACAGCGAUCGCGCCGGGUCCCAGGAGCAGGAUUAAUGAGCCGAGUGUCGACAUCGUCGGCAGAAGUCGGGUCGGUGUGGAGCGGAUAGGUGUAAAACGUGCAGAGAAACGACCGACAAAAUGGUACCGUCUGACCGGCCGAAACGGUGGGCCGAUAAGCUUCGUCGCGAGGAGUAAGGAGGGUUGUUUGCUAUCACAGCAGGGAUACCACAUAAAUCCCCCUAGGCGGGAAUAAAGACAGAGAUAGAUAGAUAUAGAGUGAUAGAGACGGAGAGUGCGUGCUGGCGAGAGAAGGAAGGAGACGGAGAUAGGGGGUUGAUAUAGGUGGUGUGCGCGCCGGUUUUGUGUGUGUGAGUGAGAGAGAUAGGGAGGCUGGAAGUUGAGGUUUCUCCCCCCAGGUGGACUGAAAGGGGGGUUGGUCGGGUGUCGGUUGUUGCGUUCGCACAGGUGAUUCCGCGACGGUGCAGAGAGCGGCGAAGAGAGGAGUGAGAGCAGCAGAGGUGCGGGUGGUACAACUAGCAGGAGGCAGCAGCAAGCAAGCAGAAGGGGACAAGUGUCGCGAUCUUCGAUAUGCAAGUGUCGUUGUUUAUUGUUUGUUGGCGAAAACUGUAGUCGGGUCGGGUCGGAUCCGGGAUCCGGAGAACAAGGGUUCGAAAUAAGAAGGGUUCGUAUCACAGUCAAUCUGCCAGAGUCGGUGUCGAAGGAGAGAACGAUGUCGGGUCGAACGAGCACCAGCAGCGGUUCCGCGGCGGCGGCAGCAGCAGCAGCCGCCUCCUCCUCCUCCACCGGCCCAUGGGGUGCAGCUGCAGGGAACGCCGUCUCGCUGCGAUCCUUGGAGGUGCCGCAACCCCUGCAGGACGGAGAGAAGUUCAUCAAAUGGGACGAGGAUUCGGGCGUCGGGACGCCGGUGACGUUGCGCGUCGAUGAAAACGGAUUCUAUUUGCAUUGGCUCGACCAGAACAAGGAGUUCGACCUGCUGGACAUCGCGACCAUCCGGGAUACGCGCACAGGAAAAUACGCGAAGAUCCCCAAGGAUCCGAAGCUGCGGCAGAUCGUGACGAUGGGUUCGCAGGAUACGCUGGAGGAGAAGACGGUGACGGUGUGCGUUGCUAGCGACUUCGUCAACAUAAACUUCAUCAACUUCUGCUGCACGAGGAAGGAGAUCGCCCGUCUUUGGACGGAUUCGCUGAUGUCGCUCGCCUACAACCUGAACCAGAUCAACGGCACCAACAACAUGUUCCUGCGGAAGGCCUUCACCAAGCUCAAGCUAUACGCAACAAUCGGAGGCGGAAAAAUCACCGUCAAGAAUGUGAUCAAGAUGUACGCACAGAAUAAAGAGGACAGAAAGAGGGUGGAGAAAGCUCUGGAGUUGUCGGGUAUUGCACACGGGAAGAACGACACAAUCUCGACGGAGAAGCUCGGCUACGACGCGUUCUUCGGUUUCUACAAGAGCCUGACGCAACGCACGGAGGUGGAGAGGAUCUUCAACGAGAUCGCCUGCAAGAAGCAGCAGAUGACUGCCGAGCAGCUGGUCGAGUUUCUGAACAAAACGCAGCGCGACCCACGUCUAAACGAGAUCCUCUUUCCGUAUGCGGACGUCGCUCGAGCCAAGGACAUCAUCGCUCAGUACGAGCCGAACAAAGGCUACGUCCAGAAGGGAGUCCUCUCCGCCGAGGGCUUCCUCAAGUACCUCAUGUCCGAGGACAACAACAUCAUCUCGCAGAAUAGCUACGAUCUCACCGACGAGAUGGACCAUCCGAUGUCACACUACUUCAUCAACUCCUCGCACAACACCUACCUCACGGGCCAUCAGUUGACUGGAAGGUCGAGCGUCGAGAUCUACAGGCAGUGUUUGCUCGCAGGCUGCAGAUGUGUCGAGUUAGAUUUUUGGAACGGCGGCAGGAACGAUGAACCGAUCAUCGUGCACGGUUACACCUUCGUACCGGACAUCAACGCCAGGGAAGUCUUAGAGGCAAUUGCUGAGAGCGCCUUCAAGACAUCAGAUUUUCCCGUCGUUCUUUCCUUCGAGAACCACUGCAAUCCCAAACAGCAGGCCAAAAUUGCCAAUUAUUGCAGGGAGAUCUUCGGAGACAUGCUUCUCGCAGAUCCCAUCGACUCGCACAAAUUGGAACCAGGUAUAUCGUUGCCGCCUCCUUCAAUGCUGAAACGUAAGAUAAUCAUCAAAAACAAGAAGAAGCAUCAUCACCAUCAUCAUCACCAUAAGAAAGUGCAGGAGGCUGUGGUCGUAGCAGCACCGACUGCACUCGACACAAAUGCUAACGUGCGCACAGGAAACGGUGAAGUACCCCCUGCUCAUCCGCCACCGCUGCAAACGCGACAGGGCUCCAAGGAAUCUACCGGCACUGAAGAGGAAGAUUCCUCCAGCGAAGAAGAGGUAGAUGGAGGCGAACCGGAACCACCGAGUGAAUCCCAGGAAAACGUCGGUGAAAAAGCUGUCGCAGCCAAAGAGACCGAAGCUGGAGCUGAAAUUUCUGCGCUGGUCAACUACGUUCAACCGGUGCACUUCUCCAGCUUCGAAAAUGCUGAAAAGAAGAACCGCAGCUACGAAAUGUCGUCGUUCGAUGAGAAGCAAGCCACCACCUUGCUGAAGGAGAAGCCCAUAGAGUUCGUCAACUACAACAAGCAUCAGCUGAGCCGUGUCUAUCCUGUGGGCACUCGCUUCGACUCCUCCAAUUUUAUGCCGCAGGUCUUCUGGAACGCCGGAUGCCAGCUGGUGGCGCUCAAUUUCCAAACGCUCGAUCUGGCCAUGCAGCUGAACCUCGGCGUCUUCGAGUACAAUCUCCGAUGCGGAUUCCUGCUGAAGCCGGAAUUUAUGCGGCGCAUCGACCGUCGUCUCGAUCCUUUCGCCGAGAGUACCGUGGACGGCAUCAUCGCUGGCACCGUCAAAAUCACUGUGAUAUCCGGACAAUUCCUUACCGACCGAAGAGUAGGCACCUAUGUCGAAGUCGACAUGUACGGUCUUCCCGCCGACACCGCUCGCAAGAAGUUCCGCACCAAAGUGGUACCCAACAAUGGGAUCAAUCCCGUCUACGAGGAUGAGCCUUUCGUCUUCAAAAAAGUGGUUCUACCUGAAUUGGCUUCAGUCAGAAUAGCCGUAUACGAAGAGUCUGGCAAGUUCAUAGGUCAUCGCGUGAUGCCUGUGAUCGGUCUGUGUCCUGGCUACAGACACGUAAAUCUGCGCACCGAACUGGGACAACCCCUGCCCUUGGCCACGCUCUUCCUGCACAUAGUUGUCAAGGAUUACGUUCCGGACGGCCUCUCGGACUUUGCCGAAGCUCUGGCGAAUCCCAUCAAGUAUCAGAGCGACCUGGAGAAGCGCGCCGAACAGCUGGCCGUGCUCACUGAAGGCAUGGAGAUCGCCGAAAAUAUUGAACCCAAGACGAACACCAUCACCAAGAUCACUAAGGAACAGGUAAACGGCAGUCCUAUCCAACGACAAUCCAUCACCAAGAACGUUGCGGUCAGUCUCGAAGCGAAUGCCGAACAGUCGACUGAUGCGGUUUCGGUCUCAGUGAGUCCAAAUCUGAACACCUCUGGUAGCGCAGAUCCGCCGAAUUCCGUAGCCAAGACGCCGGACGUGGCGGAACGCAUCGAGGAUAUCGUAGCGGAGCCGUUGGAGAAGAUCCUCGAAAAUAAGCUGGUCAAGGAGAAGCGGAUGGAGCUGGAGAAGAAAUUAGAGAGUUUGAGGAAGAAACACGAGAAGAAGCGCGUCAUUCUACAGUCGCAGAAAUCGAGCGACUUUGGUGGCGGCGAAAAACGCUCCAAGCUGAUCAAUAUAAAAUUGGUGAAAAGGCUCUCAAGCAAGAACAUCGUGGGUGGAGUGUUUUCGACGGAAUCUCCGAGCGCCGAACCUCUAACUACUGUCGCGGACGGUGCCGAUUCUAGUGGAGAAGGCGAUGGUAGACCGACGUUACCGAGGAGCCAAAGCGAACGUCUCCUAGCUGCAAGCAGAGAGUUCGUCGCUCAGGAGAAGGAGCUGCGUGAAAAGUACCACGAGGCCAUCUACAAUACCGCCGAGAAGGUGAUGAAGACCUCGCAGACCAAUCAGAUCAAGAUUCUCGUGACGCAAUGCGAAAGGGAAACGGGUGAGAUGAUGAAGCGGCUUCAGGCGGACCGUCGUGAAGAGGUGAGAGCUUUAUCGAAGAUCCAUCGAGAUAGGGAUGAGCUGGUGCGAGUGAAGCGCGAGGUCAAUUGCGCUGUGGUUGACCGUGGCGUCAUCGAGAGGGAGCGACUUGCGAAGGUCUUCGACGCCAAAAAGGACGAGUUGACGCGUCAACACGAGAGCGUGCGUAACGCCUUCCAAGAGCACCGGACAAAGGCAAAGGCGGCUCUGGGCAAGGAAUUCGAGACGCGAAUGGCGCGAGUUGAGGGUGAAACUCCGGCCACCUAGGGAAGACCUUCUCGCUUUGCUGUCAAGGCGACGGUGAUGUGUUUCGGAGGUUGCGUGGCGGAGCAGGAAGAGGAGGAGGAGGAGGAGGAGGAGAAAGACGAUUAGGAUACUCAUGGAUCUCAUUAAGCAAACAAAAAAAAAAGUAAUAGUUUUGUCGUUCGUUGCCACCCCCCCCACCAUCUCGGUGUUCUUGGAUUUUCGCGCCGAAGGUGGAGGAUAUUGUGUAAUAGGGAAAACAACAAACGAUUGGAGCAUGCGGAUGAUGGUGGGAGAGAGAGAUAAAGAAAGAGAGAGAGAGAAAGCGAGAUUAUAAUCGAAUCGAGUUAAGUAAGUAAGAGAAUAACAUUAAUAAAGAUGUACACGAAGGGUGGAGAGUAAGUAAGAGUAAUACGACAAUCAAUUUGCGCGCAGUUCGCGCCCCCACAUACACAUACACCCCCCCCCCCAAGGAGGAGGAGGAGUAGGAGGAGGAGAUGUUUUUUUUUUUCGCGCCGCCCUCUUCCCGUUUGUUGAACACGUUUAGUUGACUAGUUCGUAUCAAUGUCGUCGUAUCAUUGUGAUAAGUAUGCAAAAGCAUAUAAAUAUAUUGUAACCGCUUCAUUGUGAAUGUAGUCAGUCGAAAUAUUAUUAUUAUUAUUAUUAUCAUGAUGAAGAGGAGGAGGAGGAGAGAUGAAGUAGAAGACACCUGCCAGGUUGGGCGUCAGAGAUGGAUGAGAAACAUCUAAAAUAUACAAAAUGUAUACAUACGCAAUAACUAUGUAAUCUAUAUCUAUAAAUACUGUUACGCAUGGUUCAUAAGCUUACUUAAGUAUCGUUGUUAUUACGUAUUUGAUUAUUGUAUAUACACUCAUAUGUAUAUACAUGUAUUAUUACACAUACUACUGUUACUAUUACUACUACUACUACUAUUAUUAUUACUAUUAAUAUCGUUGUUGUAUAAUUUUAUUGGAGUUUACGCGAGUUCGUUUCUAGUCAUUUUGAAUCUGUAACCAUGGUGAUGAUCUCUAGGUGGAUAGUGAUGUGCGUAUGCCCGAAGAAGGCGCGCGUCUCUUCUUCCAAAAUUGGGAGGAGGAGGAAAGGCAAAGAAGAAAGUAGAGAGGGAGGGAAUGUUCGAGCUUCUUCAAUGUGUAAAAUUGCAAUAAUAGAUGUUCAAGAUUAUCAUUAUACAAUUACUAAACCACAAUACUGUUGUUGCUCGAGAAUGAUUUGCGUUCAGAUAAGUACGGUGCGCGAUUUGCUAAAAAAAAAAAUAAAGUUUUACGCAAUGCCAUUUAAAUUGUUGUCAUUAGCGGAUCGCCCUGUAUAUAUAUAUAUAAAUAUAUUUAUAAAGAGAAAAUAUUGGGGACGUGUUAUAGACCUGGCGGGUAUUAAAUGUAAUUAACUAUUAUUAUUAAUGGAUAAUACAAGCUACUACUACUACUACUACUGAUUAGUCUAGAUUACUCGUGAAUACAUAUAUAUAUGUGUGUGCAAGACAAAUGUAAUGUUUAGGCGAUGAAACGCGGUGCUUCUUGUGCUGCUGCUGCUGCGACCCCAAUUCCGGUCGUCGGCUAAGAACAAACUAUGUUAUGCAACUUUGUUUUCGCUCAUCGAAAACUAAACAAAUUAAAAAAAAAAAAAACAAUAAUCGUGAGCGAAUUUGUUACGUUUUAUUAAUAUUAUUAUUGUACAUACUACGGUUAUUUAUGUUAUUGGAUGGUUAUUAUUUGAUGACGCUGUAUAGGUCCUCCACCUCUGUACAUUUUGUAUACAGGGUGCUCCAAGUUGUGUACUCGUCGGUUUUCUUUUUUUUACUGUCAUUUUUUGACAGAAAUAGAAAUUAUUUUGGUAUCACCUAUCGGGAUGCAUGGUUUCUUCAUUUCAAUCAUUCAUUCAAUACAGAUUAUUAUAUAUUUCGUUUUUGCUUUUCCUAGCAUCAUCUGCAGCUAUUUUUCCUUUUGCGAAGUCAGUUAUUAUUGGAUUAACUAUUUUGGCGCAUGGGUCUUUAUCUUAAGGAAGAUUUACUCUAUCUUUUUGACGUUGUUUUCGGAAAUGACCAUAAUAUCGAACUUAUGUUCUUUUAGGAAACUUUCUAUCUCUGGGUGUUUAUUUCUGUAACGUCGUUCAUUUCCAUCAAUUCCUUGAUCAUUACGAGUUGCAACAAAGUUGGCAAACUUUGUCCGUUUGAUUUCUGUUCAAUUUUCUUUUUUCACCAAUGACAGCCAAGUGGUUAAAUGUCACCGAAAAGUAACCGAAAACCUAAUUGGAAUUGUAGUUGUUUGUAACUGUAACUACAUUAGGACCUUAGGUCAUGAUCAUUAUAUCACAAUAAUCUUCAAUCACUUGGCUUGCUCUCGUUUACAUUUAUUUACAACAACAACAAAAUCUGCAACAAGUCUCACUUGGAAAACACCCUGUAUACACGCAGCAAAGCAACACAAAGCGAUACUUGUGUGUUUACAUAUUUAUAUUUGUACGCGCAUCAUUGUUGUUACAUAAUUCGAAAUGCAAAUAACGCACGCAAUGAUCAUAAUUGUUGGUGAUUAGAUUGAGUCAGUGUUGCCAAAAAAA